GGUCUGUCCAAGGCCUCAGGUUUACAGAGCCUUAAAUUAGACUUCUGAUCUUAUCUGCAAAUGAAGUUAUGCAUAGACUCAUUCUCCAUUUCAUGUGUUUGAAGUGUUAAUUUGUUAAAUGUAAACAUUAAAAAUAUACUACAGCUUUUCAAUCCUGCUUGGCAUCUUGCUUUUUAAAUACCAGGAAGCUCAGAAAUGGAAAGCGGCAGGCUUCCCUCAAGCCUGAGAGGCCCUGAUAUGUGUCCCAAAAGGAAGGUCCAGGGAUGGGGGUGGCUGGAGGGAGGCAGCACACACUAAGGAGUAAUACAGGGCAGUGGAGGUGUGCGGCCUAAGAGCCCAGUCCUUUCAGCUGAAACUCCUGAGGGGCCAGAUCCCAACUCCAGAAAGUGUUCUACCCUUCGGUGCCUGCGGUCCCCGGUUCUGCUCCUCGUGGCCGCAAAAGUGAGCCAGGCUGCGGAGGCCCAGACUCGCAGGGGAGAGUGAGAGGCCGCUCAACAGCCGCCUGCAGCUCCGGGGCCAGACGCUCGGGCUUCAGGUUCUCUCGCCACGGCCAGAACCCACGUCCAGCGCCAAGCUCCCGGUCUGCCCCCCACAAGCACCGCCCGCCUAACCCUGCCACCCCUGCACAGGCAGCACCAAGGCGCGGAGAGGCUUCGCCAAGGACCCCAGUGAGGCGGAAGGAGCGCGCUCCUCCCAAGGGAAAGACAGAUGUGGGGCUAAUGAAAGGGAGGCAGAGAGAGGCGCGGGCCGGCGGGGGAGAGCAGGGGCGUGGCGGGGAGAGGAAAGCUCCCGGGAGGGAGCGGACCAGACCACCGCGAGGGCUGCAGCGAAGCCCGCAGGAAGAAGGCGCCCGGGCGAGGGGCCAGGAGGGGACGUGCGGUUGGGCCCAGAGGGUCGCGAGCUGAAACUCUACACCGGUCUUUGGAAGAAUCAUCCUUCUUUCUCCUCCGCCCCUUCCCUUCCCCUCCCUUUCCCCCUCCCUCCUUUCUCUUAAUCCCCAGGACUGAGACCCGCGCGGGAGAGAGGGCCCGAGGGGAGGAGGAAGGAGCUGCACUGAGAGGGAGCCGGGAGCCCGGGAAAGGGAAGGAAGGGCAGCCGCGAGCGAGGGGGCGACUCUGGGGGCCAGGCGCGACCCGCGCGGCCUUCCCAGCCCUCUCAGUGCCCCCACCCCUAACCCGGACGAGUCCUCAGGACCCUGGCCCCUGCUCCUCCUUCGCCUUCUCCUUGCUCCUUUUGCUUUGUGGCCUUUCUCUUCGUUCCCAGAGACACCUGGGAACUGCCCCAAGUUCUGGGGCGCAGGGGCCCGGCCGGGGCUGCGUGAGGGGGGGCGGCGGGGCCGGCGCCGGCUGCCAGGGGGCCGAGGGUGUGAGCCGGAGCUCGUGGCCCUGCGCCCCGGAGCCGAGGGCUGGAAGGGGGCUGGGCCCCUCUGCCGCCUGGGCGCGGGCAGCGCGGUGGGAAGCCAGUCCCGCCUCUUCGUGUCGUGCCUGCGUGCGGGUUGCUGCAGGCCCCGCAGCCCCCAGCGAGGCGCCGUCGCGGCGUCCUCAGACCCCCGGGGCGUGCUGAGAGUGCCUUAGCUGCCGCCUCGCCGCCGCGGGUGCGAGUGUCCCAGCAGAAGCAGUCACUCGAGCAACCCAGCCCAACGGCCACGCUCUCCGAGGCCUUUCGUACCAGCCUGGCCUCCUUUCGCCAACUUGGGCAAGUUUGACGAGGGACAAACGUCUCAGUUCUCGCUCUUCGUCCCUCCCAGCGGGCCCCGCUGCAGCGCCCCGGGCCGCCGCGACCACAGCCCUGGGAGCACUGCUCUCCGGCGCGGUCGCAGGUGGAGAGGGUUGGCCCCUAAACUCGCUAGUCCAGCCCAACCGCCCCGGCGGCUUCUCCCAGCCCUCGGGGCUCUCCGGAACGGCCUGGAGAGACGUCGAGCGCAGCCACAACUCCCGCCUGCCUGCCCGUCCCGGCUCCGGGAGGGAGCUUUCGGCCUGUGCGGGUGCGGGGAGCCUCCGCGGCCUGGGGCAAAGCAGCUCCGGGGGUCUGGCCCACCCGGCGGCCCCCGGGAGGCCGCGGGGACAGCACAGAGCGCGCGCCCUUGGAUGAGCUCCCGCAGCGACGCCCCGGCCCGCCCCGCUCCUCCUCCUGCCUGGCCAAGCUGCCUCCCAUUUGGGAAGUUUUGUGGGUUUUCUUUCUCCUCCUCCAACCUUGGCGGAGGCCACGACUCAGGCGCCACAGCCGGGGGCGGCCUCCUCGCCUGGAGGCCGCGGACCAUGGUUCAGGGCAGCCACCGCUGAAGUCAGCAAAAGCGAGCCUAGCCUGAAGCAGGCUGCGCGGGAGGCCAAGGCCAUGGCCAUUGCCACGUCGGCCCAGCUGGCCCGGGCACUGUAUGACAACACCGCUGAGUCCCCCCAGGAGCUGUCCUUCCGCAGAGGGGAUGUUCUACGGGUACUGCAGCAGGAGGGCGCUGGCGGGCUGGACGGCUGGUGCCUCUGCUCCCUGCACGGUCAGCAGGGCAUUGUGCCCGCCAACAGAGUGAAGCUCCUUCCUGCUGGCCCAGCACCCAAGCCCAGCCUCUCCCCCGCGCCCCCAGCCCAGCCUGGCUCACCAUAUCCAGCCCCAGAUCACGGCAAUGAGGACCAGGAGGUAUAUGUGGUGCCACCCCCAGCUCGGCCCUGUCCUGCCUCAGGACCUCCAGCUGGACCCUGCCCUCCUUCCCCUGACCCCAUCUACAAGAUCCCCAGAAGCAGUGGGACCCAGCUGGCUGUCCCUGGAGAUGUCUCAGAGGUCUACGAUGUGCCCCCCACUGCCCUCCGGGUUCCGUCCAAUGGCCCCUACGACUGCCCCGCCUCCUUUUCACACCCUCUGGCCUCGGCUGCUCCACAGUCCCCUGAAGAGGAUGAGGCUCCCUACGAUGUGCCUCUGGCCCCGAAGCCACCUGCAGAGCUGGAGCCAGAUCUGGAGUGGGAAGGGGGCCGGGAACCAGGGCCCCCCCUCUAUGCUGCCCCCUCCAACCUGAAACGGGCAUCAGCCCUCCUCAACCUGUAUGAAGCGCCCGAGGAACUGCUGGCAGAUGGAGAGGGCGGGGGCACUGAUGAGGGUAUCUACGAUGUGCCCCUGCUGGGGCCAGAGGCUCCCCCUUCUCCAGAGCCCCCAGGAGCCUCAGUCUCCAAAGACCUGGACACCUUGGCCCGGCUUCUGGCCAGAAGCCCCCCAUCCCCACACAGGCCCCGGCUGCCCUCAACUGAGAGCUUGUCCCGCCGCCCUCUGCCUGCCCUGCCUGUCCCUGAGGCCCCCAGCCCUUCUCCAGCUCCCUCUCCUGCCCCAGGCCGUAAGGGCAGCAUCCAGGACCGGCCUCUGCCCCCACCGCCACCCCGCCUACCUGGCUAUGGGGGCCCGAAGGUCGAGGGUGAUGCAGAGAGCGGGGAAGUGGAAGAUGAUCCAGCAGGACUCCAUAAUGAGUAUGAGGGCAUUCCGGUGGCCGAGGAAUACGACUACGUCCACCUGAAGGGCAUGGAUAAAGCUCAGGGAUCGAGGCCCCUGGAUAAAGCCUUUGCAGGGGAUCCUGAACUGCUGGAGAAGGGGCUGCCGGCACAGCAGGAGGCCUUGUCCCCAGGGGAGCCUUUGGUUCUGUCCACCGGAGAUCUACAGCUUCUGCACUUCUACGCAGGGCAGUGCCAGAGCCACUACUCAGCGCUGCAGGCAGCCAUGGCGGCCCUGAUGUCCAGCACCCAGACUAACCAACCUCCACGCCUCUUCGUACCCCAUGGCAAGAGGGUGGUGGUGGCUGCUCACCGCCUGGUAUUUGUUGGGGACACACUGGGCCGGCUGGCAGCCUCUGCCCCUUUGCGAGCACAGGUUGGAGCUGCAGGUACAGCACUGGGCCAGACAUUGCGGGCCACUGUGCUGGCUGUCAAGGGGGCUGCCCUGGGCUAUCCAUCCGCCCCUGCGGCCCAAGAGAUGGUGCAGUGUGUGGUGGAACUGGCAGGUCAGGCCCUGAAGUUCACCACCCUGCUCACCAGCCUGGCCCCCUGAGGGGCCCGUGGCACAUUUCUGCCCCUCCCCUGCCUGCCAAAGCCCCCUCCAGUCCUUGGGUGGCUGGAGGGUUCUGUUUUAGGGACUAGGAGAGGUGGCGGUAUCUUUCCCUUUCCUACCCUUUCCUGUCAUCUCAGCCUUUCACAGAGGCAUCUCCUCCCCCUAACCCGCCGCUUUUUGUACGAGCCAUUUUGUAUAAAUUAUUUAUAUUUAAUAAUAAUCCCUGCUUUGUCAGGGGCAGGCACAAGGCCCUCUGGGGCAGGGAGGCACUUGACUCUUCUCCAGCCUAGGGUGGAGGUCACUGCACUGCCACCCACCUCUGGAAGCUUACCUGCCCAGAGAAUCAAGGGGGCAGAAACCUGGGGCUAAACGGAGCCUCUCUCUUUCCCCCUGGAACAUCAGCGCCCCACCGUUAGCUGAGAGCGAGGACAGGACAUGGACUGCACAGAACGUGACAAUUUGGGGGCAACCAGGCUGUUCCUCCUCCCUGAAGGCAGGAGAGGGCUGGGCUCAGGUGUGGGCGUGCACCUCAAUAAACCCUGCUGUCUGCUUCCCUGACUGCUUCUUGGAAGCCUGGGGGGCAGGCUGACCCCAUUGGCCCUACCUUUGGGACACACCCUGUGAACAGGAUGCUUUUAGGGGUUUGGAGGAGAUUUUGCUCCUUUCUUCAACACUGUUCACGGGACAGGUUCUAGCUCCCAUGACACACCAGGCACAGUUCUGAAAGUGGACUGUGAACGUACCUUCCUAGUGAGGGUGGGAGAGACAUACACAAGUCAGUUAAAAUAAGUAAAUAAAAAAAAAACCUGUCA